CAAAUACAAAGAGAGAAAGCAAAGCAAAAUGGCCGCACACACACACAAGCGUCUCAAGAGCACACACAUACAAUGCGAGAAUAGAAGUUGGCCUACAACUUUGUGGUGUCUAGUGCUGUUGCCACUGCUGCUGCUGCUGCUGCAGGCAGGCAGCAUAGACGCCUUUUGUCCUUCGAAGUGCCAAUGCCUGGGCGGCGAGGCAAACAGUCGGGCGCUGUGUGUGGACGCCGCGCUGGAGGAUGUGCCCAUACAGCUUAAUCCGGAGACAAAGUACAUAAAUCUGACACUUAAUCGCAUACGUAACUUGCAGUUCACGCUGCCCUUUUACAUGAAGCUCGAGGUGCUCGACUUAUCGCAGAACAUUAUCGAAACGCUGGGCUCGAAGAAUUUCGAGUAUCAAGCGGAGCUGCGCACUUUGAAUCUGAGCAGGAAUCUAGUUAGUGCUUUGCAUAAACACGCCUUCAAGGGCUUAACGAAUCUGCUGCUGUUGGACUUGAGCUACAAUCGCAUCGAGACGGUGCAUCAUACGGCGCUGGCGGACCUCGCGGCGCUCGUCGAGCUCGACCUGACCAACAACAAUAUUGUGAGCCUCGAGGCGAAUUGUUUCAAAGGGAUGCUGUCGUUGGAGGUGCUUGUGUUUCGCAACAAUCGCCUGCUGGAUGUGCCCGCCAACAAUUUGUGGCAUUUGCAUUCGCUCAAAAGCCUCGACAUGUCCGACAAUCUCGUCGAGUUUGUGCGCAACGACAGCUUCGAGGGAUUGAAGGAGCUGCUGGCGCUCAGUGUGCGCGGCAAUGUGAUGAGCGAGCUGGACGUGAAUGCCUUCGAAGGUCUCAUAUCGUUGAAGCACUUGGAUCUAUCGGAUAACAAUUUGACGAUGGUGCCCACACAGCAGCUCUCGAAACUUUCGAAUCUCACUUAUUUGAACUUGGGCGGCAAUCGUUUUGCCCACUUGCCCGCUGUGGCAUUUUUAAACUUGUUUCAUUUACGCGAAUUGCAUUUGAGCCGCUUGGACUACUUGCAGCGCAUCGAUUCGAGAGCCUUUGUGGACAACACGCACAUGCAGACGCUGCACUUGAACUUCAAUCCACAGCUGAGCGAUAUACCGAUGCGUCUGUUCCAGGGCAAUCCGAACAUACUCGAGGUUUAUAUGCAAAGCAACAGUUUGCAGACACUGUACUCGGCCCAGUUCCCGGUGGAUCAGCUGCAAAAACUUUAUUUGGGCGACAAUCCGCUGCAGUGCAACUGCUCGCUGCUCUGGCUCUGGCGUCUGGUCACGGGCAACUUUGAGGGCGUCGAGCCGCCGCUGGAGCACGCAUCAGGCGGCGCAGUGGCUGCUCUGGCGAAGGAAGCAGCUGCUGCUGCAGAUGAAGAUGAUACCACCAACAAGGCGGAGGACGGCGUCUCCGCACUGGCCGCCUACAUAGCCGAGCAGCAUAUUGCGAAUGCGCUGCAGACCACCGAGCCAAGUGCCUACGAGCAGCGUCUGGAGGCGGCAAGUGCCAGCAGCUCCGCCUUUCUGCGCAUGGACAAGCAGCAGAUUGGCUGCGACAUCUGGCGGGAUGGCGUGCGCCAGCGUCGCCAGCUGCAGACCAUGAGCGAGGGCGAGAUCACCUGUCCCGCUCACAUUGUGACCGUCGUCUGUGCCGUCAUCACUUGUCUGCUGGUGGUCAUGAUUGCCAUUAGCGUCGUCUACUAUCUGCGCUUUGUCAAGCGGCGACGCAAGCUGCUGCACGAGCGUGGACCUCUGCGCACCAGCAAGAGCAUCAUCAAUGUGCACGACAGGAUUAUGCAGGCGCAUCAUCAGCCGCUGGGAGCUGGCGCCGGCAUGAGCAUGACACUGGGCGCCAAUGGCGGACUGGGCAUGGCCUUGAACUAUCCGCAUCAUGCGCAGACGCUGCAGGCGCAUCAUCAUUACCAUCAGGCCAUGCCGCUGCAGACGCAUCAUAGUGGUGGACACGAGUAUCAGCAGACGACGCUGCCGCAGCUGGACAAGCUGGAGCUGGAGCGCUAUCUGGCGGCGCAGUCGAUUGCGAACGAGUACAGAGCAUUGAAGCCGUGGGAGCUGCCGGUGAAGGAGGCGGACGACGAGCCGGAGCAUCUGUACGAGCGCUUCGAUCACUACGAAUAUCCGGAUACGCAUACCAUGACCAAGCUGAAGCAGGCGGCGGCGUUGCAGGGCAGCGCAGUCAACGCCGCCGCUGCGGCAACAGCAACUGCCGGCAGCGGCGGUGGCAAGCCGCAUGUGGUUUACGUAUGACGCGGACGUGGGGAGCAGCAACGUGACGUGGGCAUUGAGCUGGUGGGAUUGGGAUUGGGUCUGACCAACAAUAACUAUCGCAGCUAUAGGCAGAGUCAGUUGAAAUCUAGUGGCCAGUUUUAAAAACAGGGAAGCUUGCAGCAGCUGCUUGCCACACACUCACACACACACAUAGUUGAGAUUGAGAUUGAGAUUAGGUUUAUGUAUUUUGUGUUUAGCUGUAGUUUAUGUUAGAUGUUUGAUUUGAUUUAUUACACUGAUGAAUUUUGAUAACUCGCAACAAAAAGUUUAACAAGCGUCAAAUGAAACAAGGGAUAUGUCUAUAUAUGUAUAGCAGCAUACUAUAAAACUAUAUACUAAGUAAUUAAAAUGGAAUAACUAAUAUUUAAUGCAUAUAUGUCAUAUUAGUGAGUAAGCUGAGCCACAUUUUCAAAGAAAUAUUAUAUAUAGCUAUAGUUAAAUUCUCAAUCACAUGCUAAAGUAGAACUAACUCUAGCUCUAGCUCUAGCUCUUUCUGUCUCUCUCACACACCCACACACACACACUUGCUAAGUAUGCAAGCCAAGCUAGUAAGCUCUUAAGAACUAAACCCACUCAUAGUUAAAGCAUUUAGCAGUCUAAUUAACGGCAUAGUUAGUAUUUAGUUGUUAGGCGCAUUUCAAAAUGAAUUUAAUAACAAAUAAAUUAAUGUAACAAAUGCAAAGUUUAGUAUUUAUUUUCAACCAUUUUUUUUUGUAACAUAGCUAAGCAUUAACUAGGGGACCAAACCAAACAGUCCAUUUUCAAAGUAUUCUGACUUGAAAUAUUAUUAAAAUAAUAUUCUUAAAAUUCAACAGUUAAUG